CCUGUGUGUACGUGGCAGCAGCACUAGCACUAUGGCGUAGUCGAGAUCGACUGACAGGUCCACUGUGGACAUUGCGACUGACGUUUAAUUUCGCGUAUCAACCUUGACUUAAUUUAUGCCACUAUUUCCCCAGGGGUACUCUUACUUUGCAUAAUUACGUCGCCACCAGCUCACCACGAAUACGGCCUAAUACAACUACACCCAUAUCUUAUCAAUCCUCCAAACUGCACUCACAACUGCAAUCAAACAUCAAACAGUAACCACAAUGGCAGAACCAUCCACAAUGAAAGCCUGGCUCUACACCACCACCGCCAAUGGUCUCGAGAAAAACCUCACCCUCCACCCCUCCACCCGCACCCCAACACCCCCCGGCCCCUCUCAACUCCUCAUCCGCGUCCUCUCGGCCUCCAUCAACCCGGCCGACUACAAAGUUCCAGAGAUGCCAAUGGUCUCUCGCGUGUUGGUAUCUAAACCUGCGUCGCCGGGAAUGGAUUUUGCAGGACGAGUGGUUUCUACCGGUGCAGAGGUUAGUGGGUUCGAGAGCGGACAGUUAGUGUAUGGGACGACGGCUAUACCCACGCAGUUCGGGUCGUUGGGGGAGUAUAUGGUUGUCGGGAAGGAGAAUGUUGCUGCGUUACCGGAGGGGGUUGAGGUUGAUCAAGCGUCUACAGUGGGAAUUGCGGCGCAGACGGCGUACCAGUCUCUCGUGCCGUAUGUUUCAAAGGGGGAUAGGGUGUUUGUCAAUGGUGGUUCUGGGGGAUGUGGGAUUUUCGCGAUCCAGUUUGCCAAGAUUGUUGGAUGCCAUGUCACUGCAACUUGUUCAUCGCGGAAUGUGCAGUUUUGUAAGGACUUGGGAGCGGAUGAAGUUAUUGACUACACAACGGAGGAUGUCAUCGGUGUCCUAAAAGAACAAGGCCAAGUAUACGAUCAUGCCAUUGACCAUAUCGGUCUCCCCGAGAAUCUCUACAACGAGAGUGACUCGUUUCUACGUCCUGGAAAGGCAUUUGUGCAGGUUGGUGCGGCGUCGGUGUCCAUUUUUGCCAACAGGCUGGUUUGGCCUAGUUUCUUGGGCGGAGGGAAGCGGAAGUACGUCAUCUUCAUGAUGAAGCAUAAGAAGGAGGAUAUCGUGCAGAUUGGAAAGUGGAUGCAACAGGGCAAGGUCAGGGCUGUGAUUGACAGCACCUACGAGUUUGAAGAUGCUGUCAAAGCGUUUGAGAAGCUUCGUACGCAGCGUUCCAAGGGGAAGAUCAUUAUCCAUGUCACUAAGGAGUAAACAAUGCUUUUA